CAUCAAGCUAGUAUUCCAUAAUUAUACUCUUACUCUAAACGCCCACUCGUGAAAGAUAACCGUGUAGCCAUGGUCUAUGAUUACUGAUGGCUAACAAAAAGGAUACAUCAUGUACAUAUUGGAAUUAAACAACGCCACUUUCCACCCUAGGUUUGUCUCCAUAGGUUAUGACUUCGAUAAGUCACGUUCACGUCUAUAUCGAAUGUUUACCAUUACGUGGCAGGGUUAUAGUGAAAAUAAUAUACACCGAGUAUCGCGCGCACCACGGAUGUACGCCAGCAGACGAUGGUAGAAAGCCUUUACCUGUUUACAGGCUUUCGCGUCUCCAUCAUCAGCGGUGAUUAAUUCUCAUCAGGAUCUUGAUUUUGAACGCAUGCUUAUCGCCGCAAAGACCACCACUCUUCAUGAACAAGUAUGGAUAUCAACCGUGUCUAUCGUCUUAUUUUGGUCUUAGUAUACUUUGUCUCUCUCUUUGGAAUAUGUCUGGCUCGGAGAGGAGGAGGAGGAGGAGGAUACAGGCGUUCCCGAACAGGCACCAGCGGUGGUUCUUCUGGCGGUUCAUCCGGUCCUAUCGAGACCAGUGACAUUAUAUGGAUCUCAUGCAGCACCGGCAUACCACUAGGUAUGUUACUCGUCUACCUGUGUUACUAUUGUUUCGUGGAGAAGCCAAAGAAGAAGAAAAAGAGAGAGGAAAGCCAGGCUGUCGUUGUCGCCAAUUCCCAAGACCCUCAAACUCCGAGUGAUGACCACAAUCAUGGCCACACCAACCCUGCAUUGUCGCCCGAUGUUCCGCCUGGGGGUUUCCCAACGACAGGACCUGGACAGGACCAGGACAAGACACCCUUUCAACAGCAUCCAAAGGAGAUGGCGCCACCGAGCUACAACCAUGCCAUAGGUUUAGACGGUAUCACCUUCAGGGGUGCAGGGGAUAUUCAUGAAAUGUAUCGAACGGAUCAAACGAAUAAAUAGUCACAACUAGAAUUUGAUCUUUAACGGGCUGAAUUUUAUACACUAUUUUCUUUAAAACAAGACACAUUUAACCUUGUUUAGCCCCGCAGCCUU